UUUAAUAGUAGCAUUCAGUUGCUUUCAGCCCGUUGUCGACUUCGCACUUACAUUCCGAACCGUGUAAAGUUCCAUUAUAAAGAACUAAAAGAAUAUAUUGAAAUAUGCAAUUUCGAGUGCGCGGUCGCAGUUACAGAUACCAGUAGAAAUGCGAGCAAACUGCGAAUUUAAAUUAUCACGUAGCGCAGCUAUUUACUAUUCUGGCGAGGAAAUUUCUGGCUCAGUUAGUAUCUCAAUCUGUGGGAAAAAGGCAAUUUCCAUUGAGGCCACAAGCAUAACUUUCUUUGGAGUCACAACGGUCCACUGGAAGGAAUCUUUGGAAAACCCGCAAAUCGAACACAAUGACAGUUCUACAAGCUUGGAGUGGGUGAAGGUGGAUUACACAGGCGAUAAGGUCCACAUAAAUGAAACAAAAAAAUUAACUAAUGGACUGAUUUUGCCAACUGGCACCACUAAUCUAGGGUAUUUCAAGUUUUCCAUUCCGGAAAAUUUGCCUGCCACCUGUCGAGUACCCCUUGGCAGUGUGGGCUAUACUCUAACAUUGAAAAUUGACAGAUGUGGCAAAUUUAGAAAGUGCUUUGACAAACGUUUGGUGAUCAAAAGACAACUGGAUUUUAGCGAUCUCAAACCAGAUUUUAAAGAAUCAUCCAGGUUUGUAUUAACUCUUGCGCGAAGUGUGUUCGUACCCGGGCAGACCGUUACCUACGAGGUUCAGACUAAGGACGGCGUUCUGGAUUCUAUCACUCGCUUAUAUCAGUGUAUCAUCUACGAAAGCCAAUCUCCAAAAGUAAAGUCAAAAAAAGUCACACGAUGUUUAUCAGAGUGUAGACAAGAUACAAAUAAGCUGCAUCUGCCUCUAACAGUUCCUAUUAUGACUUAUAGAGAACCAACAGGCCUCAUAAGUAUAAGUUAUUAUGUGGAGACCUUAAGUUAUGGUGAUCCGUCUAUUAGUUUACCUAUUUACGUAGUCACUGCAGCACCGCCUAUGUACUCUUCAACCGAAAUCUCCUGUCCCUGUUACACAAAUCCAGUUUUGAGUCAUAGUGACGUUUUCACGCCAUUUAAUAAGCUUAUGAUUAACGGAAACUCCAUGGAAAUUGGUGCAGUGUCGCUGAAUAAACACUGCGAACUCAUCGAGUUACUGAGGGUUAGGAAAAAGAAACGUUCGAACGUGUAUUUAGCGUUACGUUGUUUAUAUAAUAAAAUAUGGCUUUAAAUUAUGAUUAAAUUAUUUUUUAAUAGUUGAAAUGAUUAAAGUAUUGGAUUUAAA